CAUCAUAAAUAACGCUAAUACGUCAAAGGAAGCAAGAAAUAUAGCAUAUGCAUGCUUCACGACUAUGUCUUAACUUUUUGCUUUGCUUAGUACCUUUAUUCCACCCAUUUCUGACCACAUGUUUGGAAUCACACUGCCUUGGAAAAACACUUUACGCGGGCGCGUUACCAACGAACGUGUCACGCACCUGGCGAGGUCGAUCACGCGGCGGUAUUCAGCAUUGGUGAAUUCCAAGUCCAAGCAAAGAUUCAAGACAAUUUACCGUUUUUAAAAUGCCGGCAGGGGCUACCUAGCAGUGUUAGGCUGACAGGUGGUUAAAUUUCACGGUGUGGACCACAGACGCUUUGGGACAGGUACAGUCCAUAGCUGCGCGCGAUGUCGUCCUCACAGCCAUUUGAGCAAUCGUCUCCUACCGCUGGCGGCGAUGCGACCAAGCGGUCGAAAUUCACAUAUAGACAACUUGCUCAUCUUGCACUGUCUUCGGUAACAUGCCCCCUUCGAGUCAUUGCUCAUAUUGAUCUCGAUGCCUUCUACGCCCAAUGCGAGAUGGUGCGAUUGGGCCUGCCAGAGGACAAGCCUCUUGCGGUGCAGCAGUGGCAAUCCCUCAUAGCAGUGAAUUACCCAGCCCGUACGUUCGGCAUAUCAAGGAUGCUCACGGCGAAGGAGGCAAGAAAGCUAUGUCCAGAUGCCAUCUUGCAGCAUGUGGCGACGUGGAAAGAAGGCGAUGUGAAAUGGGCAUACCACAAAGAUGCAUCUGCGAACAUGGCCACGCACAAAGUCUCUCUUGACCCGUAUAGGCUGGAGUCUCGGAAGAUCCUGGCUUGCAUGAAAGGAUGCCUUCCGCCAGACUUACAGAGGGUUGAGAAGGCAGGUAUAGAUGAGGUCUUUCUGGAUUUAUCUGCACAGGUUCAUAGCAUCCUUUUGGAGCAUUAUCCUGAACUUUCGUCGCCACCUAAGGAUCUAUCCGAGUUUCUUCCGCUGCCCCCAACCACUGUAUUGGAUUGGAAAGCAGACGCCUUAGUCGACCUCGACGUUAGCGAAACAGAAGAUGAUGAUCCGGACUGGGACGACGUGGCCAUCCUUCUCGGCUCAGAGAUAGUCCGAGACGUUCGGGCUGCUGUGAGGGAGCAACUGAAAUACACAUGUUCCGGCGGUAUUGCGCAUAAUAAGAUGUUAUCCAAGCUCGGUUCGGCGCAUCGCAAACCGAACCAACAGACGGUCAUCAGGAACCGAGCUAUACAGCAAUUUCUUUCUGACUUCAAGUUCACCAAAAUCAGAAAUUUAGGGGGGAAGUUGGGUACGCAAAUUGUCGACACCUUCGAGACAGAUACGGUAUCAGGGCUACUUGAGGUACCAAUCGAGCGGUUGAAGCAGAAGCUGGGCGAUGAAACUGGCAGCUGGGUCUAUCAAACCAUCAGAGGGAUUGAUCAGAGUGAGGUUAAUUCACGAACACAGAUCAAAUCGAUGCUCUCAGCCAAGUCAUUUCGGCCAAGUAUUAACACACGAGAACAGGCCUCUCGGUGGUUAAGGAUAUUUGUCGGUGAUAUCUACUCUCGGCUAGUCGAAGAAGGCGUCCUGGAAAAUAAGCGCAGGCCAAAGACUAUAAACCUCCAUUUCCGACACGGAGGUCAGACAAAAUCUCGCCAGAUGCCAAUUCCGUUGGGAAAAACCAUUGAUGAGACGAUUUUGUUUGACCUGGCGAGCAAGCUCCUUGGUCAGAUCAUCCUCGAAGGUAACGUGUGGCCCUGUGCGAAUCUGAGUCUUAGUGUUGCCGGGUUCGAGGACGGCAUUACAGGGAAUAUGGGCAUUGGAGGGUUUUUGUUGAAAGGCGACGAGGCAAAGGCUGCUCGAGAAAACGAUUAUAGGCCGGAGAAUGGAGCAUCAGAUAGGCCAGAGAAGAGGCAGCAGACAGAACAUGGCGCGAGGAGUAUCCAAGGAUUUUUCUCGAAGCAGCCUGGUACUGACGAAUCGGAAAAGCUGGAGGGGUCUCAUGGGGAAAUCGGGGAAAUCGGGGACUGGCCAUUCGAUGAAGAAGACAAUAUUACAGCAACACACCAAAUCCACGCACCCCAGUCCGGGUUCAAAAACGCAUCAAUAACAUCAUAUUUCUGCAAGCAAUGCAAUGAAACAUUUGAAUCCGACAAUUCAUUUCAAAGCCAUAAUGAUUGGCAUUUUGCGAAAGACCUGCACGACGAAGACCGAAGACUGUCGCAUACCCCUCAACCUCGACCGAAGCCCGGUCCAGGAAAAAAGAAGAAUAAAGGGAGCAAAAAGGACGCAGCAAAGUCAGAAAAGGGACAGAGCAAGCUUAGUUUCGGUUGAUUUUUAUGGCAAAUACCCUCAGGGGGUAACUAUAUAACUCAGCAAUCUACUGGAGUAGAUUAAUAUGGGGAUUGGAAUGGUGCAAUGAAACCAACCUCCGCAAAAAGCAGAUAUAUUUACAUACCGGGGACUUGUUGCAUUCCCAUAUCCAUGGCCAGUACUCAACUUAUUCCCCACACAGCUACCAACCGUGCAGUCCCUGCCUUGGGUAUCAAAAUUUUAAUGGGAGGCUGAAACAAGCCUCGUCGAGAAGAAACUUCCAACGCCGACGUCAUGGCUGGCUCACCUGUUGGAAGGAAUCUACGUGGAUUACAGCUACUGAUAUCCCCACACUCUUUACCGUGAGACGGGCUUGUUUUCAUCCCCGUCGCCGAUACCAUGCUUCCCACGGCGGGGACCCCUUUGCACAAUAGCCUCUAUAACAGCCUCGUUUGACAACAGACGGACGACCUGUCACCAAAAUCUGGUCCGGUACGGUCCGUUGACGAUAUACAGGUAACCAAUCAGCAUGUCUCCCUUUUACCUACCUGACCCAGAUCGGUCUCAGAUUCACGUGAUUGUUAGGUCUGAUUGGCCACGUCCCGACCUCCAAUGUAUUGCGAGGCAGCCGCCUGUAUGCCAACACGCAAAUCCACGACAAAACCCAAUGAAAGAUUUCUCACGGCAAAUCAUAACAAUCAGAUGACUGCGAAGAACAGAGUGGGUUGGGUGGUUGGACUAUAGUUGGUUGUUAUGUACAGCUUGUACACACAAGUACCCAUUGGCGCACAACCGGCGUAGGUACCCGACAAGGCAGCUAUGCUUUUUUGAUGGGUCGCGUUGGUGCCCGAUGGGCCCAAGCUGUGGCGACGGUACUGGAGGUAACUGGUGGCGCUGGGAUGCGCUGACAGGAUGGUUUUUUCCUAGCUGCCGUGCUCUGUAUCAAUCUCGGUGAGUUCUGCACUGCGUAGUUGUCCUUGCAUGCGAACCAGGUUGUUGGAAUGGUCGUGAGUGCUAGAUUGGAGAUAAUAUCGCAGCACGGCAGCUUCUAGGGGCUGCGAGGUUACCUCGCCUCAACUGGUGUCGCUCUCGCGACCUAUGGGUACUGCAGUGGGGUCGCUAUCCAGCGAAGCCCAACGAGUCGUUUCAUGCCGCAAUAUCUUCAGGCAGAGUGCGGUCUCGAGGAGACGAAGCAAGGCAGGUGAGCUCUCUCUCCCACCGGUGGGCAUCGAAGCUUGCCCUUGUCUCGUCUACCAUCUACCGAAGGCGGCUCUCGGGCUGUUGGUUGCAUCGAUCGGUCUAGAGCGGUUAUCGUUGUCGUUGGAGGGAACGGGCGUGGGGUGAACGAACCCUUGGGCAUCAGAGGGGUCCUGGCUGAGGGUCCCGGGGCGACGUGUGUACCCCAUCGUCGACAUCGCCCAUGUCAGUCCUUCCUCGCCAUGUAACGAGCCGCAGAGCAUAUAAAGCGGCAUUGUGGCAAUGGCCAGUGAUGGCGCAAGGUUGGCCGUAUCAGGGUCAUUUUCAGCUGCUGCUCUGUCGUCCCUAGUGCAUGGAAGGCGCAUUAGAGGUGGAAAGAGCAGGGAAGAUAGCGAAAUAGAUGGUUAUGCUCCAUAUAUACCGAAUAUACACUUUAUUGUAGAGCAAAUAGAGGAGAUGGGCUCGCAACUAGUUGGCAUGGGACGGUUAGGCGUUGUAUCAAGGCAUAUAUGGUAGGUACUAGACGGUACCAGUCGUACCUACUAUAUUCUCCUCGAUAUCUUCCUUUUCUCGAG